AUGAACAGUAAUUAUUUAAAACGGACUUUUGUUAAGGGCAGAAAGAGUCAAAGAGGUCAGCACCGAGCCGAGCAGCACAUACCAGGAGUGAAAAUAGAUGGCGCUGUUGUCCAUGGUUAGCUAGUUAACGCUACUCGUUUGGACCAUCUUCCAGAACUUUAACCGAAAUAUAAAAUGCUAAAAAUGGUAAUUCCUCAAUUGAGAGCAAAACAAGUGACUCAGAUACAAUCAUGAAGAUCCAGUUUUCCUACAACAGAAGAUCUGCAUGUUUAAUCAUUGACGUGAAGCCCAUCUGUGAAUGAAAUCGCUCUGAUUAGCAGCUCAGCUCAGCACCUGAGAAGAGAAACGGAAGUGAGGAAAGUAAAGAACAGCUCAAGUCAAGACAGAGUGAGACCAAGACAAUUUUGUUGCACAAGCGCAUCACUGUAUUUCAAGGAAAACUCUCACCUGACUGACUCAGCUAGCCCUGAGGCAUGUUGUGUUAAAGAAACACCUAUGCAGGUGGAUCCUACACUAAUGAAUGUAGGGGAUGGAGGCACGGUGAGCAGAGAGAUCAGUGCUCCAAAUAAAGCGUCUGCUAGUAUGGUGGGAAAUCCCCCCCAGACGCUACCCCCUGAGUUUAGAGGAGAUGUUACCCUCAGUCAGCAAAACAAGACCACUCCAACAACAGACUGUAAGACGGCAAAAGCCUGCCUGGACACUAGCAAUUACAACCACAGCCCUGAGCUUUCUUCACCUCAGCAGCCCAACAAUGCACCGACAUCUGGCUCAGCCCUCACCGGCUCAGAGAAGAGAGCAGACAAAAGGGCAGAGGCCCCCAAACUCAAAGCUGAUGGCGCGGGGGUCUUCCCCGCUCCCCAGUGGUCUAGUGGUGUAAAAGUCAGCCGGGAGGACUCACUCAGCCCCUGUCACAGCAAUGUGACGUCCAGUAAGAAAUCACACCCGCAAACACAAUCUGUGCAAAGUGUUCCACCUGGCUUUCAGUGCUCUGCCAUGUAUAAACCAGUCCAGCCUGUUGCCUUCCUUCCUCCCACUAAUUUUCCCUCUCCACUUUGUAAAAUCACUCUUCCACCAGCAUUGGGUCAGAUUGCGGCAUUGAGAGAAGCCACAGCCAGUCAGUUUCAAAAAGAAAUUCAGCCUCAAAGCUCAGGUGUCGGAGGGACACCUCUCAUGCGGACCUAUCCCUAUCCAUUCUCUGUUGGCCGCACUCCAGCUGCGGAGAAAAAAGCUGGCACGUCAUCAUCGAAACUUAAAUCUAACCAUUCAUCUAAUAAGAGCGCCAAAUCUAUGGGAGAGCAUAAAUCUUUAGCCUCAGUGGUAGCCUCACCAGCUAUUGCCCUACCAUUGCAGCACCCGUCAUUAACUCCUGCAGCACCCACCCGCUACACGCUGUCUCCGACUGCUGCCAUUUGCUGUGGCUCUGCACUGGCCAGCAUCACCUCUCAGAGCAGACUGCUGAACCAUGUGGAGAAAAGCAACAGCAUAGACAAGACAACCAUGGGGUCUAUUAAAACGACACCUCCCUCUGCUUCAGAGGACCACACAGCCUGCUCUGUUGAACCAAGAGAUGUUCCUCUUGAUUUAUCUGCUAAAUCAAAACGUCCAAAAUGCAUAAAUGACCCUCCGGUUACGAUGAUUGAGCCUUAUAAUAAUGAGUCAAAUCAGAGAGAUUUUCUGAACUCAAAGAGGACUCAUUCUACUACUUUUAGCUCAGCUGUGCAAUACCCUAUCUUACCUAACACUCACAGAAAUGGAUCCCAUCAAAAGCAAAUAAGCAGGCCUCAGAAUCACCAGGUCCUUGAACCCAAGCCAGCCUGGGGCAAGGGAUCGUCACAAGACUCCAUAAAAAACAUCCCUGGAACUUAUGUCGGCGUGGCUAGCCCCAUACUGGCCUCCACACUACGAGGAAAAGACGGAAAAGGGACUUUUGCAGAUGAAUUUCAGAGUUUUGCAAAGCAGGAGUUUAUAUCUAUAAUUGACCAAGGAGAGCAUCUGGCCUCAGGAGGAAAGAAGCCAUCCUGUCUGAUGAAGGGCAACCAACAUGCUCACGGCGUCAAGCAUGUUAAAAACACCAGCACAGCCAUAACUAAGAACUGUCCCUCUAAAGGAACCCUAACGACUGCCCUGUCAAGCUCUGCCAGUGCACAGACUCAUCCGAAACCUGGAGCUGGCAAAACAGCGGUGCCAUACUCCACCACUGUUGUCAGUCCAGCUUGGCAACAGCCGUCUCAUCCUUCGCACCAAGCGUCAUCUGUUCAGCGGAAAAUCACGCAAGGAUCUCCAAAGACGAAGGGCACGACAGCUGCAGAGGGAUCUAAGUUUCAGAGUGCCCAUCACAGCCCGUCCAAACCUGAGGAGGAUAAGUGGGAGAGAAUGAAGUCUCCCCUGUCUAACCUCGCGUCCAUCGUGAAGCAACAAGCCCUCGAAACAAUAGCAACCACAGGCGAGGGGAAUACUCAAACUUCACCUGUUGCAUCAAGAAAACCUGAUGUUCUGACCCAACUCACCGGGGGCCAAGACACCCAAUCCAAACAUACAUCUGUUUUUGAAUACCCACCAUACUGGCCAGUGGAAAAAUGGCCCAGUGCACCACCUCAAGGGGAUUCAACUCAAGCUACAAAGAGGCACGAGAAGGCGAACACCACUGAGCCUUUGGAGAAUAAUACCGAGUUAAACACCAGCCAGGGGGAACACAUGGGACUACAAGCCAAGCAAGGCUCCUCAAAGCCUGCCGGCCAGUCUCACCUCUUUGGGAGCAAUGCAUCAACAAAUGGGAACAGGAUGGAGAGCAAACUAGCCCAGGUGUUGGAGGGGGAGACGUUAAAGAAAGAAAGUGGGGCAUCAGACAGUCCUGCCAGUGAAAAACUGGAAGGCAUGGUCGCGUCUAUUCUUACAGGCCAGUGUGCGGCGGGAGGCGACAAGUUUGAGAAGAAGACAAACGGAACCAAAGAGGAGUCGCCAACCAAAGCAAAAGCUGCUGUCGUCAAGCAAAAGAAAACCAGUCCUAAGAAGCCAGCAAAGGAGAAGUCACCGCCGGACACAUCAAAGAAGGCUGCAGGAAAGAAAAAGCAAGACACAGAAAACACUCCGACCAAAGUGUCCUGCCAAAAGAAGCAGAAGAAACAAUGUGCACCUGCACUGGAGCAGAGCCUAUCAGUGGGGAAACUUUCUCCACCGAGUAAAGAGCCGACUCAGAGGGACAAGAUCAGUCCCAACAAAGUUGAGCAACCAACCCGCAACAAAUCAGUUACAGAUAGCAGCAGCAGUGCCCAGAGUGUAGAGACUCCCAUGUCUCUCAGCCGCUCUGCUAUAUCCAGUAAGGAGACCGACGUUACAGGGAACUCCUUCCCAAGACUGAGAAGAGGUCGACGGCGAGCUGACGAUGCUCGACUUGAUCUCUGGGGCUUUGCAACGCCUUCCCCUCCACCCCCACAAAUGCCUCCUCCACCAGUAUCCCCAUCGCCCCCUCUGACUCCCACUCAACCCGCCCGCCGUCCGAGAGGAAGGCCUCGCUCAAACCCCCUGCCAGUGCGAGGGACUCAGGGCAAGGGCAAAGCAGCCAGUGCAGACGGUGACACGCCUGCUUCUAAGAAACGCCGGCGGUGUCGUAGCAAAAAGUACCAGACAGGGGAAUACAUCACUGAGAAAGACAAGCUGGAAGACGGAGAGCACCUCGAGGAAUCUGACUCCCUGAGACAGGACAGCGGAGUCCCAGCAGAUCCACAGGCAGAUCAGUGUCCGAGCCCUGUCGCCUGCAGUCCAGAACCUCCCCCACGGAGACCCUCGUUCACUCGCUCAGGGUCGGUCCGCUACCAGGAGAGCGAGGUGUCUCCACAGUGCAAUGACAAGCCUUCAGGGAAGAGGAAGUUCAAAAGCAAACACCUAAGUGACAACGAUGAGCAGAAGAUUAAGACCAAACGCAGCAGCUUGGGCAAGCGUGCUGCCUCUCUCGCCCUGGAUGAUGACCGUGCUGAUGUUAAAAGAACAGAAAGCCCUCCGCCCACUCCAAAAAGUUUGCCAUCAUCUCCAUCCAAUAAAAAAGGCUCAUCAGGGAGAAACAGAGGCUCAGAGUCUCCUCCCAAAAGGCCCGUUCCUCCGGAGGUUCGACGGCUUAUUGUGAAUAAAAAUGCCGGGGAGACUUUGCUGCAACGUGCUGCACGUUUGGGCUAUCAGGAUGUAGUUCAGUACUGCCUUGAAAAGGACAUCAGGGAGGUUAAUCGGCGCGAUAAUGCCGGUUACACAGCUCUCCACGAGGCAUCCUCUCGAGGCUGGACUCAAAUUGUCCAAAUGCUGCUGAAAUAUGGAGCUGACGUCAACUGUAGCGCCCAGGAUGGGACAAGGCCCCUUCAUGAUGCAGUAGCGAGUGAUAACCUUCCCAUCGUCUGGCUGCUCCUGAACCACGGUGCAGACCCGACUCUGGCCACCUACUCCGGACACACUCCAGUCAAACUGGCACACAGCCCGAGCAUGAAGACCUUCCUCACAGAAUAUUUCACGGACCUGGAAGGCCGCAAAGAACAGGACUCCAGUUUACCCUGGGAAUUCUACAGCAGCUCCUUGUUUGAGACUGACCAGGAGCCGUGCUGGGACUUCCUGCUGUCCGAGCAGAAUCAGGAGCUGGAGGAGGACACUACAGGGAGGACUGACACAGACUCGGACAAAGAUUGUCUUCUGUUUGAGUUCUCCUCCGAGCCCCUCUUACCCUGCUAUCAUGUUCAGGUGUCAUUAACCCAGGGCUUCUGUAACUGGUUCCUCCUGACAGACGUCCUGAAGCGCCUGAAGAUGUCGGCACGGAUCUUCCGGGCACGUUACCCACACUUGGAGGUGGUGAGUCUGUCGCGCGCCGAGCUGUGGAGGCAGGUGUCGAUCAGCCAGGUGAGCUCCGCUUUGGCUUCACCUUACAAAGGCAAAAAUAAGGAAGAGGAAGAGGAGGAGGAAGAGGAGGGACUUGUAGAUCUGGUGCGAUGUGUACCAGAGCUCCAGAGACUACUGGGCUCCUCCAUUCACAUCCUUCAAGAGGAUGAGGAGCAGGAGGAGGAGGAGGAGGAGGAGGAGACAGUGACGAACACAGGGAAGCCUCGCAGCCGAUAGCCUCUCUUUAAGCGCACUCCUCUAACGUGCAAACUGUUGUCAACCCGAGUCCUUCCCUGCAAGCAGCAGCUCAAAGGAAACCUCUCCGUCCGACGUAACGAGGCUCGACAGUAAUGACACUCCACCUAUAACCUUUGACCUCAGACAGAAGGUGAUUCAGUGAUCACAAGGACCUGCACACGGGGGUGGUCGGUGCUGGAAAGCAGCUUUCAGGUUCCUAUCUAUAGGUAUAUUUGAAUACAUGAGAACUAUUGAGCAAACCUUUUGUAUUGAUUAUGUAUGUACAUGGUAGUGUAUAUGUAUAUCUUGCCAUCAGGGUUUAAACAUUUGGUUAUAUAAAUGUAUUCUUGUGGCAAAGGACGAAUUAUGUUUAGGACUUUUUGUUUGUUCCCGAGGGAAAGCGAUAUUUUUUUUGACGGGAGAUAAUCCGAGACUUUUAUCUUGGUGAACUCUUGCGUAAAGCUAAGACGCUUAAGUCAGGGAGGCCACUGGCCCAGAUGGUUUCUCUGUCAACCUGGGAGACCUGGAGACCUGCAGAGACAAGACCACGGCACAUAACAUUAAUCAUUUCCACUUUUCUUUCACUUCAUCAUCCACUAGAGAUCGUUACCAGACGGAUCAAGUAGCUCACGAUGUUUAUUUUCCCUCCAUGUUUCCCACAGUGAGGACGUGCAGCACUGAGCUGCUGACUUCUCUGCUCACAGUAUGAAAUCAUGUCUUUGUUUUUUGGGACUUUGAGACUGAGAGUUUGUUUACAGAGGUGGACAGAUAGCAGCGUUCUCCACUCCCCAGGUUGCACUCCUCACGAACUGAUACAGAAUCCUGUGGAUCUCUCUCAGAGGAACAGUAGUACCACGUCUGGAGUCCAGAGCUCCUGAGUCCGAGGAGCCGACACGCCCUCUUAACUGCAGCCACGUCCCGAUACGGUGUCCCCCCAAGACCCCAGAGUGCUUUGUGUUGCAGUGUUUUAUUCACACUGUUUGUUGUGCUUAAUUUAAUAGUCAUUAAUAUAUUUGACCUCUUGUGUAUCUGACAAGCCUAUCUAUGAAAAAAAAUUGCUUUGUAUGGUUGGUGCUUCAUUUUGAAAAUGUACUUAUUAGGAUCCCUUUAUUCUGAGAUUUUCCUCCCUCAUUCAAGAACAGUAUUUCAAAAAAAAAAAAAAAAAAAGCUAAAGUACAGUUUUAUUGUACUGGUGCUAAGACAGAUUUUGUGUUGACAAUCAAUGAUGUUUUGGUUUGAAGUCACAAACUAAUAAAAAGAUAUUUAAGAUGAAGAGACUUAAGGUGUAAAGAAAAGUAUAGUUUAGUUAAAGAAAGCGGGAUACAGCACGACUGAAAGACUGAGCAGUGUGUGAAGAGCCUUUUAUUUGAUUCUUUUAUAAGAAAUCAACAAGAAUAAAGCAUGAUUGUGAAUCAUA